AUGACCGACCGACCGCACGUCGUUAUGCUCUCCCUGCCGAUCGCGGCUCGGCUCGGCAACGCGCGCCGCACGGCGUCUGUGAAGGUGGCCUUUGCCGACGACAAACACCACAGGGACAUGGAGCGCGACCACUACGCGCCCAUCUUUCACGUCCUCUUUGACUGGGUCGACUGCACCACGGCUGGCGAGUGGCGCGCCUACGACAUGCCGGUCCAUGAUGCUGACUGCGAAUCCGAGGACGAACCCGAGGUGAGUGUCGUCUCGGUGGCCACCUGGCGCGAGUGA